CAAUGAUUAUGAAAUUGAAAAAAAAAACCACCCCAAACCCAGUCUUACUUCUUCCCUAUUUCUGUAUGCACCUAAGUUGGAUUAGGAUGUAGUGGAUAAGGGAGUGUGAUACACACAUUUUCAUCAUCGUCUCGUCUGGCCUUCUUCGCUCGGAAUGGCUACCUUCGCGGUUGCAACAACACUUUCGACAUCUUCUAUCGCUCCCCUUAAUGCACGACGUGGUUUUGGUUUUGGUUUUGGUUUUGGCUCCUUCCUUUCUCCAACCACAAAACCAAAACGCCCCUCAAUCACCACUACCCUCGCUGUCGCCACCGACUCUUCCGUUUGUUUCAAUCCCAAUCCCAACCCCAACCCUAACCCUAAUCCCAAUCAGCUUGUUCUCCCUUCCAACGAAUCAUCGGAGAUGCUUCUCAGAAUCCGCCACACGAGUGCGCAUGUGAUGGCAAUGGCUGUUCAAAAGCUUUACCCUGAUGCAAAAGUCACAAUUGGGCCUUGGAUAGAAAAUGGGUUUUAUUAUGACUUCGACAUGGAGCCUUUGACUGAUAAAGAUUUGAAGAGAAUUAAGAAAGAGAUGGAUCGAAUUAUUGGAAAAAAUUUGCCACUUGUAAGAGAAGAAGUUUCAAGAGGCGAAGCUCAUAGAAGAAUAUCGGCUCUGAAUGAACCAUACAAGUUGGAGAUUUUGGAAAGCAUUAAGGAUGAUCCCAUCACCAUUUAUCACAUCGGUGAUGAGUGGUGGGACCUCUGUGCUGGACCUCAUGUUGAUUCUACUGGACAUAUCAAUAAGAAAGCAGUUGAACUUGAGUCUAUUGCUGGUGCAUACUGGAGAGGAGAUGAAAGGAAGCCAAUGUUGCAACGGAUAUACGGUACUGCAUGGGAGAAUGAAGAGCAGUUGAAAGCUUACCUUCACUUCAAAGAGGAAGCCAAGCGUCGAGAUCACAGGCGCCUAGGGCAAGAUCUUGAUUUGUUUUCUAUACAGGAUGAUGCUGGUGGGGGUCUAGUUUUCUGGCACCCAAAGGGUGCUAUGGUCAGACACAUAAUUGAAGAUUUCUGGAAAAAAAUUCACAUGAAACGUGGCUAUGAUCUACUGUACACACCGCAUGUGGCAAAAGCUGAUCUUUGGAAGAUCAGUGGUCAUUUGGAUUUCUACAAAGAGAAUAUGUAUGAUCAGAUGAGCGUUGAGGAUGAGCUUUAUCAGCUUCGGCCAAUGAAUUGUCCUUAUCAUAUUUUGGUGUACAAAAGCAAGCUUCAUUCCUAUCGUGAUUUCCCUAUCAGGGUAGCAGAAUUAGGAACUGUUUAUAGAUAUGAACUAUCUGGAAGUUUACAUGGCCUUUUCCGUGUUAGAGGUUUCACACAGGAUGACGCACAUAUAUUUUGUUUAGAUGACCAGAUUAAAGAUGAGAUCAGGGGUGUCCUAGAUCUUACUGAAGAAAUACUAUUGCAAUUUGGUUUUGAAAAGUAUGAAGUAAAUUUAUCUACAAGGCCUGAAAAGGCUGUGGGAGACGAUGAUAUAUGGGAAAAAGCUACCUCUGCUUUAGAAGAUGCUUUGGAUGAUAAAGGUUGGACCUAUCAAAUUGAUGAUGGAGGAGGUGCCUUUUAUGGGCCAAAGGUUGAUAUCAAGAUUGAGGAUGCUCUUGGUAGGAAGUGGCAAUGCUCAACCAUACAGGUUGAUUUCAAUCUACCACAGCGUUUUGACAUCACAUAUGUUGACUCAAAUACUGAGAAAAGGAGGCCUAUAAUGAUCCAUAGAGCAGUGCUUGGAUCAUUGGAAAGAUUCUUUGGCAUUCUCAUUGAGCAUUAUGCUGGUGAUUUUCCAUUAUGGCUUUCUCCAAUACAAGCUCGAGUUUUACCUGUUACUGAUGCCCAGCUUGAAUAUUGCAAUGUUGUGACCAACAAACUUAAAAUGUAUGGCAUCCGAGCUGAAGUUUGCCAUGGUGAGCGCCUACCUAAACUAAUAAGAAAUGCAGAGAAGCAGAAAAUUCCAUUAAUGGUUGUGGUGGGCUCAAAGGAAGUUGAAACAGAAACAGUCACUGUUAGAUCUAGGUUUGGUGGGGAGCUUGGAACCAUGCCAGUUGAUGAUUUUAUUGACAGAAUAAAGUUGGGAACAGAAAACCCAAUAUCAUUAUGAUGAUAUUUUAAUUGGCAAAAGAUGGUCAUCUUAUUUGUUUAUGUAAUGAUUGGAAAAAAUGAAGGCAAUAAACAUUUGAAACAUCAUACUUUGUAUAUUAGACAAGUAUUGAAUAGUCCACGUCGUUGAAGAACAAAGGCUCUGGCGUUUGCACCAGGUAAGCAUACGAUUUGGCUCGAUAAUUUGUACUUGUAUCAAUGAUUAUGAAAUAUAGCUAAUGUAACAUCAGAAUUGAAUUGUAGUUAAUUGCUAUUAUCAUCACAUUUCUGAAAACAUAAUCCCCAUGUAUUUUUAUGUUUUACUCGUGUAUUUGCUUGUGGCAUUGGGAAUUUUGUUUGCUUUUUCCCAAGUGAACGCAGAAGACAGUUAAAGAGGCAAGUUUCAAUUCAUCAAUCACAGCCAUCGUGAACCCACCCUCUCUCUUCUUCCCCACA